CCCGGCCAUUCUUCCUGAGACUGGAUUCCGAGGCGGCAGGGAUGUGGCCUGUCCAGGCUCUUGGCGGGCUUCCCUCUGAGAUCACGCCACAGCUUAGCACUUGCUUAAAUUACCCUCUGUACAUCCGCAGCACCCCCAUGGAGAGCGAGCUGAAGUUCCACUACAUGGUGCACACCUCCCUGGAUGUGGUGGACGAGAAGAUCUCCACCAUGGGGAAGGCCCUGGUGGACCAGAGGGAGCUCUACCUGGGCCUGCUCUACCCAACAGAGGACUACAAGGUAUAUGGCUACGUGACCAACUCCAAGGUGAAGUUUGUCAUGGUGGUGGAUUCCUCCAACACAGCCCUUCGAGACAACGAAAUUCGCAGUAUGUUCCGGAAGCUGCAUAACUCAUACACAGACGUGAUGUGCAACCCCUUCUAUAACCCUGGGGACCGAAUCCAGUCCAGGGCCUUCGACAACAUGGUGACGUCUAUGAUGAUCCAGGUGUGCUGAGCAGGACUCUGCUCUGAAGAGACGCAGCUUGUGCGGAACUGUGCCUAGAGACCUCUGCUUUUGUCUCUUCUGUCCUGAGUGUUGCCUCGUGCAGGGGCUGGGUGGGGCUUUGCAUGGCACCUCUCCACUAAAGAACUUUGGAGGUGAGAUCCACUUUGUUCUUCUCUGACAGCAGAGGCUCUGCUGAGGGACCGUGCAGAGGGUCCCCAGUGGUGUGAAGGGGAGGCUGUGGCCACAGCAGGAGGGACAGGGGCAGGACAUCGGCCUCUGCCUCUCAGCUCUUGCUGGGGCCUUGGUAGGCUGGACAGUCCAGAACCAGCCUUGAGGGUGGAGGCAUGGGGUAGCUGCCCACCUUCCAGGAGCAGGAGGGCUCUCAUUGUGGGACCUGUCUUCCCUUGUAGACAUGGGCUAAAAUCUCCGCCUAGUGGGCACGAUUCCUGACUUGCCUCUGCAUUCCAAAUGGCAGAGGCUUCCCUCCUGUUUGAGUCCAAAGUGGUUAGAAGACGUGUGGCGUCCAGACUGGUGCUCCCAGCCAGGGCUUCCCCUGAGACCUCACAGCAAAAGCCAGAUAGCAGUCCUAACUGACCAGGACGGAGGCAGCUCCUUCUCAGGGUCAGGUGGCCGGGGCUGUCUUUCUUUCUGUCAUCGGAUGGCAUGUCUGAGUGGUGAUGGUCUUUUUUUUUGGUACUGGGGAUUGGAGCCAGGGGCACUUUACCACAGAGCCACAUCUUCAGCCCUUUUUAAACAUUUUUAUUUUGAGACAGGGUCUCAUGAAGUUGUUGAGGGUCCGGCUAACUGGCCCAGGCUGGCCUUGAAUUUGUGGUCCUCCUGCCUCAGCCUUCCGAGUUGCUGGCGUUAUAGAUGUGGCCACCGUGCCCUGGCAAUUCCUUUCUUUCUUUUCUUUUUGUGGAUUUAAAUGUCUUUAAAGCCAUUGGCUCCUGAGUCC